CUGUCCGGCCCCUAUAAAAACUCGCCAUCCUUGCGCGUUCCGACGGUUCCAUUACUGGUUCUAGCCAUCUAGGCAGGCGGGUAGCGAUGGAGUUGGGUUUGAGCUUGGGGGAGACGAUGGCGGACGCCGGGAGGGACCUUGUGCUCGGGCUCGGGAUUGGGGCCGGGAUGAGGAGGGAGGAGGAGGGGGAGAAGGGGAGGAGGGAGAGGGAGGCGAGGAGGGAGCUGGAGUUUGGCCCGGGGAGGUGCGGUCGUUCGUCGCCGGAGCAGGCGGUGCGGCUCACGCUCCUACCCGGUCUCGUGCCCAGCCUCGGCCUCCCGUGGCCGCCGUCGUCCGAGAACAGGCAUUUCGAGGCGUCGACGCGGGGGUUCGACGUAAACCGGGCGCCGUCGUUGUCCGAGGUCGGCGGAGCGUCGGCGGCGGUGGAGGAACAGGAUGAUGCGGCGGCGGCUGUGUCCUCGUCGCCUAACAACAGCUCGGGCUCCUUCCCGACGGACUACUCCGCGCAGGGCCAGGCGGGUCCGGGCGGCGCCGGCGCCGCCGAUCGCUCGAGCUCCCGCGCCAGCGACGAAGAUGACGGCGGCUCGGUGCGCAAGAAGCUGCGCCUCUCCAAGGAGCAGUCCGCGUUCCUCGAGGAGAGCUUCAAGGAGCACGCCACGCUAAACCCCAAGCAGAAGCAGGCGCUGGCGAAGCAGCUCAACCUCCGGCCGCGCCAGGUGGAGGUGUGGUUCCAGAACCGCAGAGCCAGGACGAAGCUGAAGCAGACGGAGGUGGACUGCGAGUACCUGAAGCGCUGCUGCGAGACGCUGACGGAGGAGAACCGGCGGCUGCAGAAGGAGCUGGCCGAGCUGCGAGCCCUCAAGACGGUGCACCCCUUCUACAUGCACCUCCCGGCCACCACCCUCUCCAUGUGCCCCUCCUGCGAGCGCGUCGCCUCAAACUCGGCCGCCGCCGCGGCGCCACCGUCCUCGUCGCCCACCCCUUCAGGCGGCAUUGCGGCCGCCGCGCCGGAGCAGAGGCCCUCGUCGUUUGCCGCUCUGUUCUCGUCACCCCUCAACCGCCCGUUGACCGCCCAGCCGCAGCCCCAGGCGCCGGAGAGCUCGUGAGACCCUCACCUCGUCUCCGGCGAAGGAAGGACCUGUCUGUAAAUACGCGCUCUUUUUUUUUUCUACCUUUUCGCUCGUUCGGUUCUUUAUGAAUUUUUGUGGCUUGCCAGGGAUUUCGUUCGGAGAGAAUCCGAGUGGGAUGCUGAGAAAAUGUUGCAAUAGAGUUUUUUAACCUUA